AUGCAUCGUCCACGCCCCUCAUAUUUCUUUCGGCUGGCGCGGGGCUUUUCAGCCCCCUCUCGCAGCUUCGUCGCCACUCGGCAUGUCGGGAACGCAAUGGCUAACCUGGUGGAUGCGGCCAAGGCAGCUGACAUAGCCAGCAAACCCGAAUUGUCGAUCAAUCCUGAGCUUCCGCAAAAGGUGUCUUUCACGAAUUCCUCAGAUAAUGGUGCGGAGUGCACUCUGGACGUCCAGGGAGAAGCAGGCGUGGAGCUAUACCGGGAUGCAAUGACCCUUUCAUCCGAGACCACAGGCCGCAGGUCUUUUCCAUACCACUAUCUGCGCGAUCUGUGCCGAUGUCCUAAGUGUGUGGAUCCGCAUUCGAAGCAGCGCUCAUUCCGCACGAGCGAUAUCCCCAAAGAUAUCGCCCCGCGCCAUGUGAAAUGGGAUGGGGAGCGGCUAGAGGUGCAAUGGUCCCAGGAUAUCCCCGAAUACCCCGACUCGCACACAUCGUCCUGGGACUAUCAAUAUUUGAAAAGACCAUUCAUCAAUACACAUGCCAUCAAAACUAAAAGCACAUACCCAUUGAGGUGGGGUUCUGUUUGGAUGCAACGACGCCAACAUUGGAUCUCAUAUCAAGAUUACAUGGAGAACGAUGUCAAAUUCGCGGCAGCCAUGCGGAAUCUGUCACGUAUGGGGUUGAUCUUUGUCAAGAAUAUUCCGGAGUCCCGGGAGAUGGUUGAGAAACUGGCCACGCGAAUGGGCCCGUUGCGGAACUCAUUCUACGGGCCAACGUGGGAUGUCCGUACGGUGCCGGAGGCCAAAAACGUCGCAUACACCAAUCAAUUCCUUGGAUUCCACAUGGACCUGAUGUACAUGAACGAGCCACCGGGAUACCAAUUGCUGCAUUGUCUGGAGAACUCAUGCGAGGGCGGGGAGUCGCUGUUCGCUGAUGCUUUCCGGGCCGCCGAUAUUAUGUCUUAUGAACAUCCCCGGGACUUCCAGACCCUAACCCGGCACCAACUGGGUUACGAGUAUAUCCACGACGAUCAGAUAUACUACAACCACUGGCCCGUGUUUGACUACGACCGCAAAAUCAACAGUAUGCGCCGCGUCAACUACUCGCCGCCUUUCCAGUCCCCGCUCCCGCCCUAUAGCAACGGCGAACACACCCACUCGGGCUUUGUCGCUCUCAAGCGCGCGCUCACCAACUUCACUCGUCUGCUAGAGUCUGACCUAUCGGUCUUUGAGCUGAAACUCAACCCGGGUGAGUGCGCCAUCUUCGCGAACCGUCGCGUCGUGCAUGCCCGUCGCCAGUUCAACAUGACUGGCGGAUCUCGAUGGCUGGCCGGCGCGUAUGUCGAUGAAGACGCCCUAUUGUCGCGCUUCGCUGUUUGUCAGAAAAAGCACCCGAUCACCUGGCGCGCGGCCGAUCCCAUGGCUGAUAUACAUUCACACCGCUCUCAAAAGGCUAACGCGGCGCAAGCCGAGAAGACCGUCGAGGUGGAGUCUGUUGACGCCCAGCCACUAUGA